AUGCACUCACUACUAUUGCAAGCCGUGUCUAGCGACUCUCGUGAUGACUGCGAUCCACAACGAGAGUGCAUACCCACCAAAAUGCUGCCUGACUGA